UCUCAACACAAUGCUGACUUCGAGUUGUCCUCGUUGUUUACCUGUACUGGUUCCGUAGCCAGGCUUCAUUAUCUGAAAAAGAACGGGUAAAACCUCAACAACUGAACUGGAAUCAUGGGGAAGUCUUUCGCAAAUUAUAUGUGUAAAAAGGAUUUCCAUCCUGCUUCAAAAUCUAACAUUAAAAAGGUAUGGAUGGCCGAACAAAAACUCACUUUCGAUAAGCGGAAGCAAGAGGAUCUAAUGCAGGCAUAUUUGAAAGAGCAGGAAACAUACAACAACAGGUUGUUAAUGGGAGAUGAUCGUGUUAAAAAUGGCCUCAAUUUCAUGUAUGAAGCUCCACCAGGCGCUUCCAAAGAGGAGACAAAAGAGGAGGGUCAGGAGGAAUGCAAGUUUGAGUGGCAGAAGACUGCUCCCCGAGAGAAAUAUGCAAAAGAUGACAUGAAUAUUAGAGAUCAGCCAUUUGGAAUCCAGGUGCGCAAUGUCAGAUGCAUCAAGUGUCACAAAUGGGGCCACGUGAACACAGACAGAGAGUGUCCUCUGUACGGACUGUCAGGCAUCAACGCCAGCUCCAUGGCGUCUGAGGAGGAAGCAGGUCCGUCGAUGCACCCCUCCGAGUUAAUGGCGGAGAUGCGAAACAGUGGGUUUGCCCUCAAAAAAUGUGUCCUUGAUACCAACUCUAUUGUUUGCGAUUCUACACAGCAAUAUGUUGCCAGUGAUGAAGAAGACGAUCCAGAAGUGGAAUUUUUGAAGUCAUUAACCACUAAACAGAAGCAAAAGCUCCUCAGAAAACUUGAUCGGCUUGAUAAGAAAAAGAAAAAGAAGAGCAAAAAACAGAAGAAGAAAAGCAAAAGAAAGCACAAGAAGAAGCAGGAGAGCAGUGAUGGCUCAAGCAGCUCCUCUGAUGACAGCAGCAGUGACAGUGGCUCAGAUUCAGGCGCUCACCGAAAAUCCAAGAGCCAAAAGAGGAAGAAGAACAAGAAAGAAGAGUCCUGUCGGGAUAACAGCUCUGAGAGCGAGCGGCGAGUCAAGAGUCACAAAAAGGCCUCCUCUCGCAGGAGCAGGUCAGCAAGCCCUCACACCGGACAGAAGGAGCCGAAAGAGGACUCUGGAGAUUACAGACAAAGAGGAGUGGAAAGGGGAAGGAGCAGGAGUAGAAAUCGCAGUCCCAAGAACAAGAACACUCCAGAGGGAGGUCAAGAUGGAGGGAGACGCAGCAGCAGGGACAGGCAGAGACCCUCCAGCUCCAGGGCGGACCCGGACCGAAGCAGAAGCCGCGAGAGGGGCAGGGAGGGCCGAGGUAGACAGAGGCGUCAGAGUGAAGACGAGAAGAACAGAUGGGAGGCAGAAGAAAGGAGAGGCAAAACAGCUGACAGGAGGAGCAGAGAGAGGAGAGAAGAACGAGAGGGAAGAGGAAGAAGUAGGAGCCGAAGUGGGGAUAGAAGCAAAGAGCGAGUCAAAAGAAAACCCUAAUACGUUCAAAGUUUUUUUUUUUUUUAGCUUUAGUCAGUUUUUAAAAUGCCUGCAGCUCCUGUUUAAAAUGUAAAAACUGUUGUUAUCCUUUUCCUCCACUAGAGGGAAGCAGUAGACAGAAAAUCUGCAGAGCGCCCUGCCGCUUGUUUGUCCUGUGAGAGAACGGGUUCACAUUUAUUACUAUUGGAAGCAAUUUUCCACUGAUCAGUUGAUGGAAAAAUAUUGGAGUCAUUUUCAGUCAGUUGCUCACAAACAUUUCCUGAUGCUGUUUUGUCUUUCCCUGUACAUAGAGGAUGCUGCUUCAUAAAGCAUCUGAAAAAUGUGAAAACUGAAUUCAAAAUGUAAAGAAAAAGAAAAAAAAAUAUUUUUGUUCUUAAAUUUUUUUUAAUGCUGCAAUAUUUAUCAUCCUGUAUGAAAUAAAAGUCAGUUUAAUUUGGAAAACACU